AUGUCCCACGACCACGGCACCUCAACAACCGCCGAUAUGGGCUCCUCGUCUCUCAUGGCGGCAUCAGAGAUGUCCAUGACUCUCUUCUCCAGCACCUCGACACCCCUCUUCGCCGAGGCGUGGGCUCCCAAAACCAUAGGUCAAUACGCAGGAACCUGCAUUUUCCUCAUCAUCUUAUCUGUGGUUUUCCGCGGCCUGCUGGCUGUUAAAGCGUGGAAGGAAACAGCAUGGUUGGAUGCCGAGUUCAAUCGCCGAUACGUCGCCGUCGCGGGAAGAGCGCCCAAAUCCGAGAGCAUAUCGUCGGAUGCCGAUAGCAAGCGCAUGAUUUUGACGGAGAAUGGAGUCGAGGAGGAUGUGGUGGUGGUGAAGAAGAAGGGCGCCGUUACCCGUCCGUGGAGGAUCUCGACCGAUCCUGUUCGCGCUGUUAUGGACACUGUGAUUGCUGGUGUCGGAUACCUUCUCAUGUUGGCAGUUAUGACUAUGAAUGUUGGGUAUUUCCUAUCCAUUCUGGGCGGGACAUUCCUUGGGAGUCUCGCCAUUGGGAGAUAUGCUGUUCAGGCUGAGCAUUAG